ACUCCCAUUCGAAUGGAAAGAACAAAAAAAACCAUCCUCUCUCAUCUAAUCAAACUGAGACGCGAACGAGAUGAGUAGAUAUGUUCGCCAGAUGAGCACGACGCAUACGUUUGUGUGUUGUGUGUGCCGUGUUGAAGGUGUACAUAAGGCGCUCGCGAGAGAGAAAGAGAGUGUGUGUAUGUGCUUUGUAUGCGCGAGUCUAAUGUCAAUGUGCUGGUGAGUAUGGGUGAAAAAGAAUAACUUCGUUAUUGAUAUCAGAACGAUAUACUAAGCAGUACGUGGUUGUAAGGUGAAUCGAGAAAAAGUGCGCUGAAGCAGGCAAACGAUGUCGAAUGUAUUAAAAUUGUUUAUUUCUGCUGAAAAAGGAAUAGUUUCAUAGGGAUAAAAUUUGACCACAACUGCAUUAAUAUCGACGACCAUUUAUCCAUUUCAUUCAUCAAAUAAAUCGAACACAUUUUUUCGCGGACACUGUGUGAAGAAAAAGAGAAGAAAAAAAAAUAGUACGAGUGUAAAUAAGUGAAAAAAAAAUUCGAACCGUUUAUGGUGCUCUUUUGAUUUGUUUCGUAUUUGAUUUUCAGCAUCAAGAAUCAGUGGAAAUCGAGUGUGUGUUUUUUUCAUUUCUUUUUUUCACACACUCUUCGCGUAUUUGCAUUUUUUUUAUUUCUCUCAACACACGGUGUUCAAGUGAUAAUCUAGUGCAUUGAUUUUGUCUUCGAAAAAUUAAUUAAGAAUCAUAUAAGAAAAAAAAUCUAAUACCAAAAAGCGAAAAAGAAUAAGAGAGGAAACGCAAAAGUAAUAACAUCGGUUCGUGUGCUUUGCUACUGCUGCGGCUGCUGGUGCUUUGGUCUCCAAAUAUUGUUCCAUCAUCGACAUCACCCACAUUUUUUUUUCCUUAGUGUCAGUUAUAAUAAAAUUUGUGUGAAACUAUUGCGGACUCAUUUUCAGCGACGGAAAAAGCGCAAGUGAAGUGAAAGAAGAAAAUUGAUUGACGACAGAGAAAAGAGAAGAUAUCAGAAUAUAUAUAUAUAUAUAUAGUGGAUAGAAGUGAGAUCUCACAGUCAAGAGAUUAUUAUACAUUCGAAAAUUAGCAAGAAAUUUGUAUUCGUGAAAAUGUUUACGGGAACAGUGCGGAUAAAAAUAUGCGAAGCCUGUGGUCUGCGACCCACCGAUUUUCAAAGAAGACACAAUAUGACAUUUGGCAAGGCAGAUGAGCAGCCAAUCGAUCCUUAUGUCUCCAUUGAUGUAGAUGAAAAUCACCUUGACCGUUCCACGACCAAAGGAAAAACAUUCGAUCCGUGCUGGAAUGAGAUAUUCAUCCAUGAAGUAAACAAUGCAAAAAAUAUCGGUUUAACAGUGUUCCAUGAUGCCGCCAUACCACCGGACGAUUUUGUUGCCAAUUGCACAAUACCAUUUGAAGAUUUAGCACACCGUGAUAAAGAACAGCAGGAUUUUUGGGUUGACUUAGAGCCACAAGGGAAGAUCCACGUAAUAGUCGAACUAAAAUGGCACGAACAAAGCAAUACACAAGGUGCAGGCGCUGUUGCAAGCACCAAAGCCCCAACCGGGGCAGAGUUCAAGGAACGUGCCGCAUUCAAUCGGCGACGUGGUGCUAUGCGAAGACGUGUCCAUCAGGUCAAUGGGCACAAAUUUAUGGCAACUUUUUUGCGUCAACCCACAUUCUGUUCACACUGCAAAGAAUUUAUUUGGGGUAUCGGUAAGCAAGGCUACCAAUGUCAAGUUUGUACGUGUGUUGUGCACAAGAGAUGCCAUCGCUCGGUGGUAACAAAAUGUCCUGGCAUGCGAGACGAGGUAUGUAAGACGAAUUGUCAAUCGAAGAACGAGUCUCAGCGUUUCAGCGUGAAUAUACCGCAUCGUUUUCUGCCACAUAACUAUAAGCGCUUCACAUUUUGCGAUCAUUGCGGUUCACUACUGUAUGGCUUAUUCAAACAAGGGCUACAAUGUGAGGUCUGUAAUUUAAAUGUGCACAAGCGUUGCCAGAAAAAUGUUGCCAACAAUUGUGGCAUCAAUACCAAGGAGAUGGCGGAAAUUUUGAACGAAAUCGGCAUAUUACCCGAUAAACAAGGCCUACCAAGAAGUUCAAAGUAUUUGAAUAAAGCUGCCAGCGAAGCGACUGGUGGGUCGUCAACCGCAUCCUCGGAUUUCGGCUCAUCAAGCGAAGCGGAUGAAUCGAAAGAUGAUGCCAAAUCGCCGAAUGCAAGCAGCAAAAGUAAGAGUGCCAGAAAUUUGUCGAGUCUCAGCACUGCCCUACCCAUCGGUGAUAAAGGUAAAGUGGGCCUUAAUGAUUUCAACUUUAUCAAAGUACUGGGAAAAGGUUCAUUCGGCAAAGUAAUGCUGGCCGAAAAGAAGGGCACCGAAGAGGUGUACGCCGUCAAAGUGUUGAAAAAGGAUGCCAUCAUCCAGGACGAUGACGUCGAUUGCACCAUGACAGAGAAACGUAUUCUGGCCCUAGCUGCAAAACAUCCAUUCUUAACGGCAUUACAUUCAUGCUUUCAAACACCCGAUCGCCUAUUUUUUGUUAUGGAAUAUGUCAACGGUGGUGAUCUCAUGUUCCAAAUUCAACGUGCACGCAAAUUUGACGAAAGUCGUGCCGCAUUCUAUGCCGCCGAAGUGACACUUGCACUUCAAUUCCUACAUCGUCACGGAGUCGUUUAUCGUGAUUUAAAAUUGGAUAAUAUCCUACUCGAUCAGGAGGGCCAUUGCAAACUGGCCGAUUUUGGCAUGUGCAAGGAGGGAAUUAUUGAUGGAAUUUUGACAUCGACAUUUUGCGGUACACCCGAUUAUAUUGCGCCAGAAAUUCUUCAAGAAUUAGAAUAUGGCCCAUCGGUCGAUUGGUGGGCACUCGGCGUGCUUAUGUAUGAAAUGAUGGCUGGUCAGCCACCAUUCGAAGCCGAUAACGAAGACGAUUUAUUUGAAUCAAUUCUUCACGAUGACGUUCUUUAUCCAGUUUGGUUGAGCCGCGAAGCAGUAUCAAUACUGAAAGGCUUUAUGACAAAAAAUCCGGCACGUCGAUUGGGAUGCUCUGGAAAUGAGUCACAAAUCAGAGGUCAUGCAUUUUUCAAGGAUCUCGAUUGGGAAGCAUUGGAAUUGCGUCGUGUCAAACCACCAUUCCGGCCUAGAGUGAAAAGCCCUAAAGAUGCAUUGAAUUUCGAUACGGAAUUCACGAAAGAGGAACCAGUAUUGACUCCGGUACCAAACGAUGUGAUACGUUGCAUCAAUCAAGACGAAUUCGCUGGAUUUUCAUUUGUUAAUAAGAACUUUGGCCCAGAGCGAAAGAUCUGUUAAUUUCCUUCGAAUAAAAAAGAGUUUGUGCGAUCCAUGUUGAUUCAGGAGAAGGGAAAUUAGGCCCGAGUUGUGUUAAUGGGACAAAAAGUGUAAUAUUUAUUUUAGUCAAAGAAAGUGAGAAAUUAAGCAUGCAAAUGCAGUGCAUGCAUUUUGAUAUUAAACAAGCAUCUGUGGAACAGAUUGCGCUAAACCAAAAUACACCACCCACACAAGUGGCGCUGAUACGCGCAAGAAUUUCUUUUAAAGCCAGUCGGCAAGAUUUUUUUUUUUGGAAACUAAAUUUAUUUUACUAUGUAAAGUAACGGCUGAACAGAAAAACAAAAGCUGAUCAAAGUAUUUUUUUUUUGAAAUUCCGAAUCUUUAUUCGUUUUUUCUUAGUAUUAAAACAAUCAUUUAUAUCUGUUUUUUUGCCAUUUUCUUCUGUCAUACACAUUGAUUUUAGAGAAAGUCUGAAAGCCGUGAAUUUGAUUUGUGAUCAAUGUUGAACAUUUACAAUUUCAUUAUUUAUGCAAUGUAAUUGCAGAUAAAUUUAUUAUUAUUGUAAAUUCUAUCGUUAGAACACUCGAAUCCAAAUGCCAUACACAUAUAUGAAAAGAUGUUACAACACUAACGGAAGUAGUCAAUUUCUGUUUUUGUUUUUUUUUUUAAUUCUAGUUUUCUUUUCCUCAUCAUCAUUCGAACAUUUAUUGAGAUUAUUGUAUUGUAAAAAGAGGAGAUUUUUCAUGUCUAAAUAUUUAUUGUUGUUAAAAGAAAAUGUUAAUUUAUUUUAUUUUUUGUGGUGCGUGUUUCUUCUGUUUUUGUUUUUAUUCCGCUAAAAUGGUGAUCGCAUUGAUACAUACCGUUGUCAACUGUCCUUUCCAAAAUGUGGGAAUUAAAUAGAAAAUGACGUCCCAAAACAACAAACAAACCAGAUUGGAUAAAACAAUCUAUGCAUAAUAUAAAUAAAACAGAAUACAGAAUCCUAUUAUAAUUGUUAGAAUAAAUGCAUAGACAUGUGUUUGUUGAAAA